AAUGGGGAUUAGGGAUACCAGUACUGGCGAUCACGGGGACUGGAAACGCGGGGACGGAGAACACAUGAGCCGCGGUCACACGGGCAGGGGUCACGCCCCCCGCACAGACCCCUCCCCUCGGGCCGGCGGAAGCAGGCGGUGGCCCCGCGGGGAAGCGCGGAAGGGGUGGAGCUGCCCGCCCAUGGCGGCGGCCGCCUCGGGAGCUGCGCAGGGCCCGGCCGAGAGUGCGGCUGCGGGCCGCCGCAAUAGCCCCAGGGCGGGGGGCAGGUGGAGGUUGCGGAGUCGGACUCCGUCCUACUGCGACGAGUCCCUGUUCGGCACUCGGCCCGGGCAGCCGGCCUGGGCCCUGCGGAUGGGAAGAGCAGACGUAGCCAAGCUGCAUUCCCUGCUCUGGAGCCCGCCGCCGGCCCCUCGCUGCGAGCCCGGCCUUCCCUCCAGCUCCAGGUGCACCCUCCUGCCGGCCGGCCGCCCUCCAGACCUUGCUGAACGGGCCGCAGCGGGCUCUGGGGCAACUCGGCGAGGCCGGUCCUGCGUCUGUGAGCAUCUCGAGGGUUGUUCAGAUGCUGGCGUCCGGGCUGCUCCCCCCAGAGGAUGCUCGCGGUCCCUCGGCCGCUCCCAGUCCCUCAGCCGGCUGAACGCCUCUUCGGAUCGGCCUCGCCUUGCUUCAGGCAACGCCAGGGCAGAAAGGCGUGAAAACCAGGGCUCUCCUGCAGCAUCCACCGCCCCUCCAAAGUGGACUCGGUCAAAAAACGUGUGUGGGCCGCCUUCUGCUGGGAACUCCCUGGCAGGGUGUGGCUGCAAAGCCAAGCCUCCCUGGCGGUAAAAUGAAACCUUGCUCCAUGUGUACGUACAGCCCUCACCUGUGUGACCUGGGGAUUGACCACCUGGCGAGGAUGCCUGCGAGGACCUGGGGCUGAUGGAGAGCACAAGAGCAGGGCUGUGCCAUGCAGGAGGAUGAACGGAGUGAUCACAGCACUGGUUGGACAAUGACCUGGGCAGGAGGGAGUCCUGCAGCAGUGGAGUGGGAUGGCUGUGAUGGCAAAAGCAACUUCCACCAGCCAGCAAUCCUCAGAAAAGAUGAGGUAAUGAGUCAGAUUCCUUUUGCCUACGGAGUCUGGCCAGGAAUGCAGAGCCACAGGGGAGAGGACCACCUCCAGCAGAGGUCCAGCUGCAGGCACAGGUGCAGGUCCACCAUAGCUCAGGCUGGGGUGGAGAACUCAGGUGGAGCUCCAGGAGCAGUUGAUGCUAGGCAAGGUUCCUGGAGACACUGGGUGAAGAGUCUAGAGGGCAAGAAGCAUGAGGGGCAGCUGAGGUUGCUUUUGGGUAGUCGGGUGGAGUCAUGAGAUGGACUUGAUAAUCUUUGUGGGUCCCUUCCAACUCGGGCUAUUCUGUGAUCCUUGGCAACCACUGAUUUCAACAGAUGCUUGUGAUUAGGAAGCGCUGACUGGACUCUUUAUGUCAAAAAACGUGAUUUGUAUUGAAGGUUAUGAGUACUGUUGCAGCAAUGCCAUGUUCUAACCAAAUAAAUGAUCAAAGGGAAAUCUG